CACCAUAUCACUCUCUUAACCCCUUGUAGAUUUACGAGUUCCAGGAGUACUGUCCCUUUCUUAGACAGAUGUCUCAAGAGGGGGUGGCAGAAAGACAGAGAGAAAUCCAGGGGGAGGAGUUCCUCUCAAACAUUCAGUCACAAACUGAAGUGAUCUUAUAAAUAUAAUCCGCUAGCUUUAGUUAUUUCUCCCCAUACUCACUGUACUUCACCCCACCCCCAUCUGUAGAUAAUCUUUUGUGUUAAUUGGUGCUUGAGCUGUAGUUUGCUGGUUCUCUCUUAAUUAGUUAUAUAUAUUUCUGUCUUCUUUGUCGGUGCUACCAGAUGUAUGUAUCAUACACUCACACCACAAUCUUAACCCCCUCAUUUCUCUUUGUUUUUCUUUUAUCUUUCUUCUUCUUCUUCACAAGUCCAAUAUAUUCAUCUCUCUCUCUCUCUCUCUCUCUCUCUCUCUCUCUGUGUUUGUCUUUCUCUCUCAAUUCUCAUUUUUACAUGGUUUUCAGGAGCAACCCGCUAGACCUAAACAACUUACCAGAGGAUAAUAUCGCCAGAGAUCAAGACAAACAACCCCUUGAUGACUCCUCUCCUUCUGCUGGAAGCUACAGAAAAAAGAAAAACGGCGCAAAGGAUGAAAGUAGGAAGGUCUACGAGUGUAGGUUUUGCUCCCUUAAGUUCUGCAAAUCUCAAGCCCUUGGGGGACACAUGAACCGCCAUCGCCAAGAGAGGGAGACUGAGACGCUAAAUAGGGCUCGUCAAUUGGUUUUUGGUAACGAUAAUCUCUACCAACGUGGUAGCCAAUCAACGGUGCAUGGAGGCUAUCAUCAUCAAGGAUCAAGUUGCAACAUGGGGAGUGCUCAUUACCCUACUAGACUCUUUUCCGGUGCUUCCACCGCCGUGCUACCACCAGUGCCACCGCAGCAACAUUUGUACACAUCACCACCGUCACGCCUCAGUAACUACUCAUCACAACAUUCUAAGUCGCAGUCAGGAAAUAAAGACUAUUUUCUUGGCCAUGUUUGCUCCAACAACCCACAAUUCAUCUUCCAGAAUUUGAGCUACAUCGCUACACCACCCCCCGAUGGUACUAAUAAUUACACAUGCAUUGGUGCACCUGUUGGAGAAGCAUUCACCAUCACCGGAGGAAGUGGUGGUGGAGACAUGUCAGCGUCUCCGAUCAAUAGAUAUCAUAAAGAUGGAUUCUGAAUUGAAACCUUUUAUUUCUUGUUAUUAUUAUGAUAAGCAAAACUCGUCCUUUUUCUGUCUGUUUUUUCUGGGGUGAAUGUGAAAAGUUAUAAUGGGACAAGAGAGUGCGGAAAGGAGAGAAGUAGUUUCGUUGGCUUUUUGUUGAAGAGGUCGUUAGGGUUUAAUUUAGUGGGGUGUGAGUGUGACAGGGUUCAUACAGACUGAAAACUGGAAGAAGGUAGUGUAACUAGGGUACCUGCAUGUGGAACAUACAAGUUAGAUUUGAACUGGAAGUUCCCAACGCCUUUUUGGAUUUGAAAUUAUUUCUCUUUCA